UUCAAUCGGUUUUUUCAGCAAAAACUUGUAAAUUAUCACCAAUUAACGUCCAGUCCAAAAAUUUUAAACCAUUGCCUAUAGAAGGCUUCGGUGUCAAAACGGCACAUGAUGUAAGAUUGAAAGUCAAAAAAGAUUCUAUCGAGCUCACUUCCAAGGAUUUCAAAAAUUCUCAUAUCACCGGAGAGGAAAAAGGCGAUUACACCACGUUUCUGAUGGACAAGAUCGUAAUCAACAUACCUGCUCUAAAUAAAAUAGAUGGCCAAGCCCACCCUGCCGAGGUAAACUUCGUAUACAAAAAAGAACCUAAAGGCCUUAAUAAAAAUAACCUGGCCAUCCUUACUACUCUUUAUAAAUUUGCUAAAUUUGGUGGCAGCUCUUUCUGGGAUGAAGUUAUCAAGGGACUAAAGCGAAACAAGAAGAUCGAUGUGCUUAAAUUUAAGAAUUUACUUGAUAUUACGGAUACCAAUAAUGGAUUCAAUUAUGAUGGUACUUUGACAUCACCACCAUGCAAACCUGUUGAAUGGUACAUUACCAGUCAGAUUCACGCGAUCAGUAUACCCCAAUUUAGAGCAUUAAAAGCAGCCAUGAAAAAACGUUAA